AUGUCAGAUACAUCACUCCCACCACAAGCUCCACCCGCAAACGAUUCCGCUCGCGCGCAAGCUCAAUUGAUAACUGCGGCAUCAGUUGCCUGCGUAGUCCUCUGUCCGUUAAUCCUCGCGCUUCCUCCCCGCAAGCUUGAUGUGUACAGCAUUGCCCUCGUAUCCAGCACUUUCGUUGGUGGCAACCAACUUGCUCACGAAUAUACUGGUCGCAGUAUUCUCACCCGAAUACAGGAAGUGGGCACCCCGCAAUCUCGAAGGAAAGAGCUGCCUAUUUCGACACAAAACAAUGCCGUAGAUCGAGGCGUGGCAUCGCGACUUUCGGAGAAUAUGGAAGGCGGGGUUGGACGGGAUUCAAAUGGAAGGAAUGCUCAGCCGUUUGCGGAAUCGAAAAAAGACCUGACUACACGCAUACUAGCUGAAGUCGAAGCGCAGAAGACGAAAGCGGAGGAAGCGGAGGGUGUUCUGAGUCAGACCAGACAGAAGUCACAAUGGAAGCAGGAAAGAGACAAGAGAGAAAGGGAAGCAUUGGAAGAGGGAAAAGGCUAUGGUGAUAUGAUCUCGGAUCAAAUAUGGGAGGUUUGGAAUUGGGGCAAAGACAAGACCAGAGGCAAUACCGGGGAGGAAAAGUCGACGAGGCCGAACAAGGAUUCGGGAAGCAAGCCUUGA